AUGCGCUUCUUCGCUGCCGCCGCUCUCCUCCUCGCCAGUGUCGCCCUCGCAGCGCCUGCUCAAGAACAGACAAAAGACUGCUGCUGCUGCGAUAUUUCCCAACCCGCCUACGUCUGCGAAAAGGAUGUCAAGUCCGAAGAUUGCAUCUGCGCUGCUGUCAUGUGCCCCGUCAACGCUCCCACCUACUGGCCAGCUACCGCUACCGCUACCGCGACUCCUACAUCCACUCCCACAGCCACCGUUGUCAAGCGACAGGAAGACAAGAAGCCUGCUACGACGGCUCCUUCUCAGCCACCUUGCUGUUGCUGUAGCUUGGCUGACCAAGCCAUCGUCUGCGAGACCUUGGACCAUGAUAGCGUUGUAGUAAUUGUGCAAGUCGGCUAA